AAACACACACACACACACACUCGGCGCUGGGCAGACGCAGUGAACGGCUCCGCUGGCUGUGUGUUAGAGACACGGAGCGACUCAUUGCAUUUCUUUUGACUGUGUGUGUGUGUUGGUGAUGUAAUUGUUUAACUCCAGCAGGUCAUAACAGGGCGAUUUGUCCGUUAAUCACCAUAUGAGAUCCGUCAGCGGGACACCAGACACAGAGACGCUCGAGAAACCGUGAGUCUGACUCCGAUCUCCUCAUUGAACUCUGCUGAAGUGUUUGUUUGACUCUGUUUAAUUGUCUUUUCAGGUUUGGCGAUGUGGCUGCGCGUUCUGUUGGCGUGUUUGCUGCUUGAGUUCUGCGGCGCGGCUCCUCACGCUCACAUCAACCGCCUCGCACUCUUCCCUGACAAGAGUGCCUGGUGUGAAGCCAAAAACAUCACGCAGAUCGUCGGACACACGGGCUGCACGCCACGAUCCAUCCAAAACAGGGCCUGUCUGGGUCAGUGUUUCAGCUACAGUGUGCCCAACACCUUCCCACAAUCCACCGAGUCUCUGGUCCAUUGUGACUCCUGCAUGCCAGCGCAGACACAGUGGGAGGUGGUGACUCUGGACUGUGCCGGCAGCGAUGAAGCCCCGCGUGUGGAUAAGCUAGUGGAGCGCAUCCUUCACUGCAGCUGCCAGUCGUGCAGUAAAGAGAGCAGCCAGGAGGGGGCGCUGCUGCAGCUGUACCCUUCAGAGGGAGCGCUGGAGACGCCGUCGCUGCCAGACGCUACACACACGCAGCACGCUCACAUGCACGCCCACGCGCAUUCUGACAUACACACGCCUGAGGCGGGGUGAUGCGCGCGCAUACUUACACUUUCUUACACUGUCUCUCUCUCUGUCUGUCUAAAGCACUUUUUCACAUAGAGAUCACAACACUAAUCAACACUUUAUCACGGUCACUGAAGCUUCAGUCAGCUCUGUGAAUAAAUGCGCACACACUCACAAACUCAACUAUAUAUUACUGAUGCAUUCACUCACGUCCAGAUCUAUAGGCCUAUAUCUGUAAUGUAGCCUACUGGAACACGUACAGUCAGACUGUGUGUCACAUAUAUAAUAUUGUUUAAUCACAAUAAAAUGUGAAAUCACCUUUA